CUGUCAACUGCCACACUGCUGUCAGUCAGUCUCAUUUUGUUUACUUGACGGUGCUGAUCACUUGUUCUAGAAUAUUCAGUAAUUAAGUAGUUCGUGCUCACCCAACUUAAAUAACCAUGAAUGACGAAGAAUUCGAUGGAGAUGAUGUCGGAGACGACUUCGACGACGAUGUAGACGACGACAACAUCGAGGAGCUCGAGCAACCAGAGGAAGAAGGUGAUAACAUUGAUAUCCUGGCGCACGGACAAGCUGGAGGCGGCGUCCCCAAAAACAAACGCAUAACCACCAAGUACAUGACUAAGUAUGAACGAGCAAGAGUCCUAGGAACACGGGCCCUCCAAAUAGCCAUGUGUGCCCCAGUUAUGGUGGAACUCGACGGAGAAACCGACCCCUUACAAAUCGCCAUGAAGGAACUCAAGCAGCGCAAAAUCCCCAUUAUCAUUAGGCGGUAUUUACCUGACCACUCGUACGAAGACUGGGGGAUAGACGAACUUAUUAUUAUCGACCAUUAAAUAAGAUACUUGUAAUUGUAUAUAUUUUAUUAAAGUACACUGAUUUUGUA